UCUUCCUUUUUUCCUACCAGUCAAUCUAGUAAUGUUCUUGUUAUUGGUAUGACGAAUAGGAAAGAGCUGAUGGAUCCAGCACUACUAAGGCCAGGAAGAUUUGAAGUUCAAAUAGAAGUGGGUCUGCCUGAUGAAGAAGGAAGAGAGGAGAUAUUUAGUAUACACACUAGAGAAAUGAGGGAGAAUGGUAUACUAUCAACCGAUGUCAAUCUUAAAGAGCUGGCUGCUAAUACUACAAGAUUCAGUGGAGCUGAAAUAGCUGGUGUAGUGAGAGGAGCAGCUUCUUAUGCUCUAGAGAGAAAAUAUGCUGAUGCUAAGGAACCAAUGAUAGUGACUAGAAAGGAUUUUGUGGACUCGUUAAUAUCAAUAUCACCAGCUUAUACACAAUCUGAGUCACAUAUUGUAUCACAAUAUCUUCCUACUAACUAUUUUUCAUUGACUACUGAUCACGAGUCCAUCAUCACUUCAUUGUUGGAGCUUAGUUCAUCAAUACAGUCUCAAACUGCUGUAGUAACAGCCUCCAACAUGAUUGGUUUGACUGAUUUUGGAAAGAUUGAGUACAUCCAUCAAGUUUUCAAAGAUGCAUUUAGUUCAAGUCAUUCUCUUAUUGUGCUUGAUGAUGUUCAUCGUUUGGUUGAGUAUGUGCAAGUUGGUGAUCGUGUCUCAGUGUCUCAUUCACUGAUGCAUGUGCUAUCAACUCUUCUCUCUUAUUCUAUAUCACCAG